AUGGCCACGCAUGGGCAGCCCACACUGGGCCAGCAGGGGCUUUCUGGGGGCAAUCAGCUAAUUGUGGGCUGCCCAAAGAGAGCCCACAGAGAGCCCAAAGCUGUAUUCUACCCGUAUGGACAUGGUGACAUACUGAAUAGUCGUUUGGAUGAUGGAAGUUCCUCUGUGAUCAGUCUGCUUCGACCAUUCACAUUCUUUGGAAACACAACUCAACAGAUGUUUGUGAACAACAACGGCCACCUCACCUUUAACUCUGCCUGGGACAGAUUCAGCCCUUUCCAGUUCCCAGCAAAUGGAAACAGAGAUAUCAUUGCCCCGUUCUGGACCGACAUCGACAACAGAGGCAACGGCGUCAUAUCCCACCGGCAGUACACCAGUGGCAGAGUUCUCCAGCGAGCCACUACGGACAUUAACCAGUACUUCCCUGGGUUGAGCUUCUCAGCUUCCUGGGUCUUUGUUGCAACAUGGGACAGAGUGGCAUACUUUGAGUAUUCAGGAACAGAAACAUCCUUCCAAGUGGUUCUGAUCUCUGGUGGUCAAUACACGUUUGUCCUGAUGAACUAUGGUGACAUUGCCUCAGCCCAGCAUGACGUGCAGGCUGGCUAUGACACAAUCAACUCUACACAUCAUUUUUCAAUUACGUUCGGGUACGACGUCACAAAUUUAACGUCCUCAAGCAAUGUUAAUAUACCAGGUCGCUGGGCCUUCAGAACGGAUCAUGGUUCACGGGCCUGUCAAUACAAUGGCACAUCUGUGCAGAUAGGGGACUCUUUCUGGAGAGAUGACACCUGUCAGCAGAGAUGCACCUGCGUCAGUGGAGGCCUCCUCCAGUGCCAGCAGCAGCCCUGCAGCUUCUCCCAGGCGUGUCGUCCAGCAUCCUUCCAGUACUCCUGCCAGAAUAUUCAGCGCCGCACCUGCACCAUCUCUGGAGACCCCCACUACAACACCUUUGACAGGAAACUCUUUCACUUCCAGGGAACCUGCACAUACGUCCUCUCAGAGGCUUGUGGCAAUGGACUGCCGUACUACCGGAUUGAAGGGAAGAAUGAAAAUCGGGCAAGCACACGUGUGUCUUGGACUCAUCUUGUAAGAGUGUGGGUUUAUGAUGAGGAAAUUGAACUUGUCAAAGACCAUCCUUACCAAGCAAAGGUGAAUGGAAGCUUUGUGUCGACCCCAUUUACCCUCCGACAUGGGUCCAUCCGAGUCUACCAAUCAGGUUUCACUGUGGCUGUGAGUACAGACUUUGGCCUGCUGGUCACCUACGAUGCCAAUCACCAUGCCAAAAUCUCAGUACCCUAUGAGUACCAGAACGCAACCUGCGGCCUGUGUGGCAACUUCAACCACCACCCUUACGAUGACUUCAGAACCCGCGGUGGACAGCUUGUGAGCUCAGACGUGGAGUUUGCUAACAGCUGGAAGGUGGAAGGGGACACUGACCCUAGCUGCCAGGACGUGCGAUGUGCAGGACUUGCUUGUGCUGCCUGUACCGAUAGUCAAAGGACUCUUUAUGGAAACACGGCCCACUGUGGUAUCUUAAGCAACAGUGUCGGCCCGUUUGCCUCCUGCCACUCAAGGGUGUCUCCACAGAACUUUGUAGAAAACUGUGUGUAUGAUCUUUGUGUGGGUGAUGGCUACCAGCCCAUUCUCUGCCAAGCACUCAAUGUGUACGUUGCCCAGUGCCAACAAGAGGGCAUCCAGUUGGGCCAGUGGAGAAGCCCGGGAUUCUGUGAGAUCCCUUGUCCCACCAACAGUCACUUUGAGUCUCAAGGAACUGGGUGCCCUGCAACCUGCAGCAACCCCAACGCCCCCCAGAAUUGUCCUCUGCCCAACCUGGAGAGCUGCAUCUGCAAUGCUGGCUAUGUCCUAAGCGGUGGGGAAUGUGUUCGGCAGAAUGACUGUGGCUGCACCUUCGAGGCGCGGUACUACACAGCUGGGGAGACAGUGGUGCUAGAGCAGGACUGUGGGAGGCGUUGCCACUGUACUCAAGGGUCAAUGACCUGCCAGGCACACAGCUGCAAUGAGCUUGAGGUGUGUGGGGUCCAUGGUGGUGUGCGGGGCUGCAGACCUGUCAGCUACUCCACCUGCUGGGUGGAGGGCUUUGGGUCCUACCGCACUUUUGAUGGACAGACCUUCAAAUACCCAGGUGCCUGUAGUCUGACACUGGCUAGAGUCAGGGGACAAUCACAAUUACCUCACUUUCAAGUAACUGUUGAGAAAGUUCCCUCAGGCCCAAGAGAUUUUGUCAGACAUCUGCAGUUUGAAGCAGGAGGAACACAAGUCUCGGUGGAGAUGGGAGAGGGGGGCACAACUAAGGUGGAUGGGCAAACAGUGGGCCUUCCGUUCAGCGUCAGCCCCGGUCAUAUUCGCAUCUACCACAGCAGUGUAAAGGGUGUUGUCAUAGAGACCAACUUCGGAGUGUUGGUGAGAGCUGACUGGCCACACGUCAUCCGCAUCACCGCUCCAGGCAACUACAACGGCACUCUAGGAGGCCUGUGUGGGAAUCUGAAUGGAGACCCUCAUGACGACUUCUUCUCCCCUGCUGGAAUUCCCCUCAACGACUCUCAGCAGUUUGGGGACAGCUGGAGAGAUGGCUCCCUGUCAACACACUGUGUAGAACCUCAGGUCUGGGAACCCGGACACUACCAGAACACCAGCCAGUUUAGGGACCUCUGCGGCAUCAUGGGAUGGGCACAUGGGCCUUUUGGCCAAUGCCAAGCAAGUCUUGACCCCUGGAGCCGAAUUGAAGACUGUGUCCAGACUCUAGUGAGGACGCAAGGUGCUCGAGAGGGACUGUGCGAGGCACUGCGUGGAUACGCACUGCUUUGCCAACAGAGUGGUAUCACAGUUGGGGAAUGGAGGAACAUCACUAACUGUGCGGCAACCUGCCCAACUAACAGCCAUUAUGAGCUAUGUGGUACGUCCUGCCCUGCUUCCUGCCCAAGCCUGUCUUUCCCCUUCCUGUGCACCCAGCAGUGCCAGGAGGGGUGCCAGUGUAAUGACGGGUUCCUCCUGAGUGGGGAUCGCUGUGUGCCACCCACGGGUUGUGGCUGCCACCACGGCGGGCGUUACAGACAGAGUGGAGAGCGCUACUGGUACGGUGAGGAGUGCCAGUUCCAGUGCCAAUGUAAUGGCAUUACUGGGCAGUCACAUUGCACCGCCUCUUCUUGUGGUGCUCAGGAGUCUUGUCGAGUCGUGGAUGGACAGUAUGGCUGCCAUCCCAAACCUGAGGCCACCUGCUCGGCCUCUGGAGACCCACACUACACCUCCUUCGACAGACGCACUUUUGACUUCCAGGGCACUUGUCGUUACGUCCUGGCAUCAGUUUGCAAUGGAACACAAGAUCUACCUCACUUUCAGGUAGAGGCCAGGAACGAGGCAUGGAAUGGUCUGCAAGUCUCCAUCACUGUGGCUGUUUACGUCAAUGUGUCUGGACAUCUCGUGUACAUCUCAAAAUACAACCAGGGGACUGUGCAGGUGAAUGGGGAGACAAGAAACUUGCCGAUUGUUCUUGAUCAGGGAAGAGUGUCAGUGUAUGCCAAUGGGCUCCACACAUUUGUGAAAACAGACUUUGGUCUAACUGUCAGUUAUGACGGCCGGUGGGUGUUGGACAUCACAGUACCAUCCAACUACAGUGGAGCUACAUGCGGUUUGUGUGGUAACUUCAACGGCUUCCAGGGUGAUGACUUCACGGUCCAUAACGGCAGUUCAGGCUCUGUUGCCCUCCCUGUCUCUGAGUUUGGGGACUACUGGAAGGUUGAUGAUGGCAUUCCCUGUACUGGAGGAUGUGGCAACUCCUGCCCAGUGUGCCAAGAUGACUCGACAGCCCGUGCCAUGUGUGAGCUACUCAGAGCUAGCAAUGGACCACUGAGCUUCUGCCAUUCCCAUGUGGAUCCCCAGCAAUUCUUCAACGACUGUGUGUUUGACGUGUGCUUGUCUGGGGACAGAAGUGAAGUCCUCUGCCGUGCAAUGGAAGCAUAUGUCAGCGCAUGCCAAGCGGAAAAUGUCAUCGUUUACCCCUGGAGACAAAACUCCACCUGCCAAAUGGAGUGUCCAGAAAACAGCCACUACGAUCUGUGUGGUACAGAGUGUGGGCACACCUGUGCCAGCAGCAUUGAUGCCAGCUGUGACAGGACGUGUGCUGAGGGCUGUUUCUGCGAUGAUGGAUUUGUGAGGAGCGGGGGGCGCUGUGUGCCUGUGGAGCAGUGUGGCUGUCUUCGUGACGGCUUCUACUAUGAUAUCGGAGAACAGUUCUGGACACAAGGCUGCUCGCAGCGCUGUGAGUGUUUUGCCCCCAAUGACCUUCGCUGUAUCCAGUCCUCUUGCCCUCCAAGUCAGGAAUGCUCAGUCAAAGAUGGCCGCAGGGGUUGCUAUGGUCAAAUGUCAACCUGCACGGUCUGGGGAGACCCUCACUACUUCACCUUUGAUGGGGCUGUGGCUCACUUUCAGGGCACCUGCGCUUAUGAGAUUACCCACACCUGUGGCAACAUGAGUGAUAAUGCCCUGGCCUUCCGUGUAGUAGCCGCUAACAGGCACCGUGGCAACUUAGUUGUGUCGUUUGUGUCCACUGUGGAUGUGUGGCUCUCUCAGGGAGGAGUUCAAAGCCACAUCAGCAUUGGACAGAACAGGAGAGUCAAGGUUGAUGGUCAAGAUAACAAUGCAAACAGCAUUCAGGUUGGCUCUCUGGCACAGCUGACUCGAGAGUCAGGAUUUGUGGUUGUGAAUGCCUCAGGAGAGCUGGUGGUCCAGUUUGAUGGUCGUAGUAGACUUCUAGUCAGACUGAGUCCAGAUUAUCACCAAUCUGUGUGUGGAAUGUGUGGCAAUCACAAUGGCAACCCAGCAGAUGACAAAGUUCUGCCCAAUGGCACUCUGGCCCAGACUGACAAUGAAUUCGGUCAAAGUUGGAAAUCAGAUGCAAGCAGUCCUGGAUGUGGAGCCAGUGAUCAAAUUGGAGACAACACAUGUGUAUUUGAAGCAGAAUACACAGAUCUGUGCAGCAUCAUCACCAACAGCAGUGGCCCAUUUCAGCAGUGCCACCUACAUGUUGACCCACAGGCCUACUUCACUUCCUGUGUGUACGAUCUCUGUGCCUACACACCAGCCAAUGACAUGCUGUGCUCAGCAGUGGAGGCCUAUGAGACAGCUUGCAAUGUGCUGGGGCUCCACACACCAGAAUGGCGUUCUGCACUGCAUUGCCCUGCAGUUGACCCUUGUGAAGAGCUGAACUGCACUGAGGAUGAGUGGUGUGGCCAGAAGGAUGGAGUCUACGGCUGCAAUGAGAAUCAUGAUUCACGGGACUGUCAAUACAAUGGCACAUCUGUGCAGAUAGGGGACUCUUUCUGGAGAGAUGGCACCUGUCAGCAGAGAUGCACCUGCGUCAGUGGAGGCCUCCUCCAGUGCCAGCAGCAGCCCUGCAGCUUCUCCCAGGCGUGUCGUCCAGCAUCCUUCCAGUACUCCUGCCAGAAUAAUAUUCAGCGCCGCACCUGCACCAUCUCUGGAGACCCCCACUACAACACCUUUGACAGGAAACUCUUUCACUUCCAGGGAACCUGCACAUACGUCCUCUCAGAGGCUUGUGGCAAUGGACUGCCGUACUACCGGAUUGAAGGGAAGAAUGAAAAUCGGGCAAGCACACGUGUGUCUUGGACUCAUCUUGUAAGAGUGUGGGUUUAUGAUGAGGAAAUUGAACUUGUCAAAGACCAUCCUUACCAAGCAAAGGUGAAUGGAAGCUUUGUGUCGACCCCAUUUACCCUCCGACAUGGGUCCAUCCGAGUCUACCAAUCAGGUUUCACUGUGGCUGUGAGUACAGACUUUGGCCUGCUGGUCACCUACGAUGCCAAUCACCAUGUCAGAAUCUCAGUACCCUAUGAGUACCAGAACGCAACCUGCGGCCUGUGUGGCAACUUCAACCACCACCCUCACGAUGACUUCAGAACCCGCGGUGGACAGCUUGUGAGCUCAGACGUGGAGUUUGCUAACAGCUGGAAGGUGGAAGGGGACACUGACCCUAGCUGCCAGGACGUGCGAUGUGCAGGACUUGCUUGUGCUGCCUGUACCGAUAGUCAAAGGACUCUUUAUGGAAACACGGCCCACUGUGGUAUCUUAAGCAACAGUGUCGGCCCGUUUGCCUCCUGCCACUCAAGGGUGUCUCCACAGAACUUUGUAGAAAACUGUGUGUAUGAUCUUUGUGUGGGUGAUGGCUACCAGCCCAUUCUCUGCCAAGCACUCAAUGUGUACGUUGCCCAGUGCCAACAAGAGGGCAUCCAGUUGGGCCAGUGGAGAAGCCCGGGAUUCUGUGAGAUCCCUUGUCCCACCAACAGUCACUUUGAGUCUCAAGGAACUGGGUGCCCUGCAACCUGCAGCAACCCCAACGCCCCCCAGAAUUGUCCUCUGCCCAACCUGGAGAGCUGCAUCUGCAAUGCUGGCUAUGUCCUAAGCGGUGGGGAAUGUGUUCGGCAGAAUGACUGUGGCUGCACCUUCGAGGGGCGGUACUACACAGCUGGGGAGACAGUGGUGCUAGACCAGGACUGUGGGAGGCGUUGCCACUGUACUCAAGGGUCAAUGACCUGCCAGGCACACAGCUGCAAUGAGCUUGAGGUGUGUGGGGUCCAUGGUGGUGUGCGGGGCUGCAGACCUGUCAGCUACUCCACCUGCUGGGUGGAGGGCUUUGGGUCCUACCGCACUUUUGAUGGACAGACCUUCAAAUACCCAGGUGCCUGUAGUCUGACACUGGCUAGAGUCAGGGGACAAUCACAAUUACCUCACUUUCAAGUAACUGUUGAGAAAGUUCCCUCAGGCCCAAGAGAUUUUGUCAGACAUCUGCAGUUUGAAGCAGGAGGAACACAAGUCUCGGUGGAGAUGGGAGAGGGGGGCACAACUAAGGUGGAUGGGCAAACAGUGGGCCUUCCGUUCAGCGUCAGCCCCGGUCAUAUUCGCAUCUACCACAGCAGUGUAAAGGGUGUUGUCAUAGAGACCAACUUCGGAGUGUUGGUGAGAGCUGACUGGCCACACGUCAUCCGCAUCACCGCUCCAGGCAACUACAACGGCACUCUAGGAGGCCUGUGUGGAAAUCUGAAUGGAGACCCUCAUGACGACUUCUUCUCCCCUGCUGGAAUUCCCCUCAACGACUCUCAGCAGUUUGGGGACAGCUGGAGAGAUGGCUCCCUGUCAACACACUGUGUAGAACCUCAGGUCUGGGAACCCGGACACUACCAGAACACCAGCCAGUUUAGGGACCUCUGCGGCAUCAUGGGAUGGGCACAUGGGCCUUUUGGCCAGUGCCAAGCAAGUCUUGACCCCUGGAGCCGAAUUGAAGACUGUGUCCAGACUCUAGUGAGGACGCAAGGUGCUCGAGAGGGACUGUGCGAGGCACUGCGUGGAUACGCACUGCUUUGCCAACAGAGUGGUAUCACAGUUGGGGAAUGGAGGAACAUCACUAACUGUGCGGCAACCUGCCCAACUAACAGCCAUUAUGAGCUAUGUGGUACGUCCUGCCCUGCUUCCUGCCCAAGCCUGUCUUUCCCCUUCCUGUGCACCCAGCAGUGCCAGGAGGGGUGCCAGUGUAAUGACGGGUUCCUCCUGAGUGGGGAUCGCUGUGUGCCACCCACGGGUUGUGGCUGCCACCACGGCGGGCGUUACAGACAGAGUGGAGAGCGCUACUGGUACGGUGAGGAGUGCCAGUUCCUGUGCCAGUGUAAUGGCAUUACUGGGCAGUCACAUUGCACCGCCUCUUCUUGUGGUGCUCAGGAGUCUUGUCGAGUCGUGGAUGGACAGUAUGGCUGCCAUCCCAAACCUGAGGCCACCUGCUCGGCCUCUGGAGACCCACACUACACCUCCUUCGACAGACGCACUUUUGACUUCCAGGGCACUUGUCGUUACGUCCUGGCAUCGGUUUGCAAUGGAACACAAGAUCUACCUCACUUUCAGGUAGAGGCCAGGAACGAGGCAUGGAAUGGUCUGCAAGUCUCCAUCACUGUGGCUGUUUACGUCAAUGUGUCUGGACAUCUCGUGUACAUCUCAAAAUACAACCAGGGGACUGUGCAGGUGAAUGGGGAGACAAGAAACUUGCCGAUUGUUCUUGAUCAGGGAAGAGUGUCAGUGUAUGCCAAUGGGCUCCACACAUUUGUGAAAACAGACUUUGGUCUAACUGUCAGUUAUGAUGGCCGGUGGGUGUUGGACAUCACAGUACCAUCCAACUACAGUGGAGCUACAUGCGGUUUGUGUGGUAACUUCAACGGCUUCCAGGGUGAUGACUUCACGGUCCAUAACGGCAGUUCAGGCUCUGUUGCCCUCCCUGCCUCUGAGUUUGGGGACUACUGGAAGGUUGAUGAUGGCAUUCCCUGUACUGGAGGAUGUGGCAACUCCUGCCCAGUGUGCCAAGAUGACUCGACAGCCCGUGCCAUGUGUGAGCUACUCAGAGCUAGCAAUGGACCACUGAGCUUCUGCCAUUCCCAUGUGGAUCCCCAGCAAUUCUUCAACGACUGUGUGUUUGACGUGUGCUUGUCUGGGGACAGAAGUGAAGUCCUCUGCCGUGCAAUGGAAGCAUAUGUCAGCGCAUGCCAAGCGGAAAAUGUCAUCGUUUACCCCUGGAGACAAAACUCCACCUGCCAAAUGGAGUGUCCAGAAAACAGCCACUACGAUCUGUGUGGUACAGAGUGUGGGCACACCUGUGCCAGCAGCAUUGAUGCCAGCUGUGACAGGACGUGUGCUGAGGGCUGUUUCUGCGAUGAUGGAUUUGUGAGGAGCGGGGGGCGCUGUGUGCCUGUGGAGCAGUGUGGCUGUCUUCGUGACGGCUUCUACUAUGAUAUCGGAGAACAGUUCUGGACACAAGGCUGCUCGCAGCGCUGUGAGUGUUUUGCCCCCAAUGACCUUCGCUGUAUACAGUCCUCUUGCCCUCCAAGUCAGGAAUGCUCAGUCAAAGAUGGCCGCCGGGGUUGCUAUGGUCAAAUGUCAACCUGCACGGUCUGGGGAGACCCUCACUACUUCACCUUUGAUGGGGCUGUGGCUCACUUUCAGGGCACCUGCGCUUAUGAGAUUACCCACACCUGUGGCAACAUGAGUGAUAAUGCCCUGGCCUUCCGUGUAGUAGCCGCUAACAGGCACCGUGGCAACUUAGUUGUGUCGUUUGUGUCCACUGUGGAUGUGUGGCUCUCUCAGGGAGGAGUUCAAAGCCACAUCAGCAUUGGACAGAACAGGAGAGUCAAGGUUGAUGGUCAAGAUAACAAUGCAAACAGCAUUCAGGUUGGCUCUCUGGCACAGCUGACUCGAGAGUCAGGAUUUGUGGUUGUGAAUGCCUCAGGAGAGCUGGUGGUCCAGUUUGAUGGUCGUAGUAGACUUCUAGUCAGACUGAGUCCAGAUUAUCACCAAUCUGUGUGUGGAAUGUGUGGCAAUCACAAUGGCAACCCAGCAGAUGACAAAGUUCUGCCCAAUGGCACUCUGGCCCAGACUGACAAUGAAUUCGGUCAAAGUUGGAAAUCAGAUGCAAGCAGUCCUGGAUGUGGAGCCAGUGAUCAAAUUGGAGACAACACAUGUGUAUUGGAAGCAGAAUACACAGAUCUGUGCAGCAUCAUCACCAACAGCAGUGGCCCAUUUCAGCAGUGCCACCUACAUGUUGACCCACAGGCCUACUUCACUUCCUGUGUGUACGAUCUCUGUGCCUACACACCAGCCAAUGACAUGCUGUGCUCAGCAGUGGAGGCCUAUGAGACAGCUUGCAAUGUGCUGGGGCUCCACACACCAGAAUGGCGUUCUGCACUGCAUUGCCCUGCAGUUGACCCUUGUGAAGAGCUGAACUGCACUGAGGAUGAGUGGUGUGGCCAGAAGGAUGGAGUCUACGGCUGCAAUGAGAAUCAUGAUUCACGGGACUGUCAAUACAAUGGCACAUCUGUGCAGAUAGGGGACUCUUUCUGGAGAGAUGGCACCUGUCAGCAGAGAUGCACCUGCGACAGUGGAGGCCUCCUCCAGUGCCAGCAGCAGCCCUGCAGCUUCUCCCAGGCGUGUCGUCCAGCAUCCUUCCAGUACUCCUGCCAGAAUAUUCAGCGCCGCACCUGCACCAUCUCUGGAGACCCCCACUACAACACCUUUGACAGGAAACUCUUUCACUUCCAGGGAACCUGCACAUACGUCCUCUCAGAGGCUUGUGGCAAUGGACUGCCGUACUACCGGAUUGAAGGGAAGAAUGAAAAUCGGGCAAGCACACGUGUGUCUUGGACUCAUCUUGUAAGAGUGUGGGUUUAUGAUGAGGAAAUUGAACUUGUCAAAGACCAUCCUUACCAAGCAAAGGUGAAUGGAAGCUUUGUGUCGACCCCAUUUACCCUCCGACAUGGGUCCAUCCGAGUCUACCAAUCAGGUUUCACUGUGGCUGUGAGUACAGACUUUGGCCUGCUGGUCACCUACGAUGCCAAUCACCAUGUCAGAAUCUCAGUACCCUAUGAGUACCAGAACGCAACCUGCGGCCUGUGUGGCAACUUCAACCACCACCCUCACGAUGACUUCAGAACCCGCGGUGGACAGCUUGUGAGCUCAGACGUGGAGUUUGCUAACAGCUGGAAGGUGGAAGGGGACACUCACCCUAGCUGCCAGGACGUGCGAUGUGCAGGACUUGCUUGUGCUGCCUGUACCGAUAGUCAAAGGACUCUUUAUGGAAACACGGCCCACUGUGGUAUCUUAAGCAACAGUGUCGGCCCGUUUGCCUCCUGCCACUCAAGGGUGUCUCCACAGAACUUUGUAGAAAACUGUGUGUAUGAUCUUUGUGUGGGUGAUGGCUACCAGCCCAUUCUCUGCCAAGCACUCAAUGUGUACGUUGCCCAGUGCCAACAAGAGGGCAUCCAGUUGGGCCAGUGGAGAAGCCCGGGAUUCUGUGAGAUCCCUUGUCCCACCAACAGUCACUUUGAGUCUCAAGGAACUGGGUGCCCUGCAACCUGCAGCAACCCCAACGCCCCCCAGAAUUGUCCUCUGCCCAACCUGGAGAGCUGCAUCUGCAAUGCUGGCUAUGUCCUAAGCGGUGGGGAAUGUGUUCGGCAGAAUGACUGUGGCUGCACCUUCGAGGGGCGGUACUACACAGCUGGGGAGACAGUGGUGCUAGACCAGGACUGUGGGAGGCGUUGCCACUGUACUCAAGGGUCAAUGACCUGCCAGGCACACAGCUGCAAUGAGCUUGAGGUGUGUGGGGUCCAUGGUGGUGUGCGGGGCUGCAGACCUGUCAGCUACUCCACCUGCUGGGUGGAGGGCUUUGGGUCCUACCGCACUUUUGAUGGACAGACCUUCAAAUACCCAGGUGCCUGUAGUCUGACACUGGCUAGAGUCAGGGGACAAUCACAAUUACCUCACUUUCAAGUAACUGUUGAGAAAGUUCCCUCAGGCCCAAGAGAUUUUGUCAGACAUCUGCAGUUUGAAGCAGGAGGAACACAAGUCUCGGUGGAGAUGGGAGAGGGGGGCACAACUAAGGUGGAUGGGCAAACAGUGGGCCUUCCGUUCAGCGUCAGCCCCGGUCAUAUUCGCAUCUACCACAGCAGUGUAAAGGGUGUUGUCAUAGAGACCAACUUCGGAGUGUUGGUGAGAGCUGACUGGCCACACGUCAUCCGCAUCACCGCUCCAGGCAACUACAACGGCACUCUAGGAGGCCUGUGUGGAAAUCUGAAUGGAGACCCUCAUGACGACUUCUUCUCCCCUGCUGGAAUUCCCCUCAACGACUCUCAGCAGUUUGGGGACAGCUGGAGAGAUGGCUCCCUGUCAACACACUGUGUAGAACCUCAGGUCUGGGAACCCGGACACUACCAGAACACCAGCCAGUUUAGGGACCUCUGCGGCAUCAUGGGAUGGGCACAUGGGCCUUUUGGCCAGUGCCAAGCAAGUCUUGACCCCUGGAGCCGAAUUGAAGACUGUGUCCAGACUCUAGUGAGGACGCAAGGUGCUCGAGAGGGACUGUGCGAGGCACUGCGUGGAUACGCACUGCUUUGCCAACAGAGUGGUAUCACAGUUGGGGAAUGGAGGAACAUCACUAACUGUGCGGCAACCUGCCCAACUAACAGCCAUUAUGAGCUAUGUGGUACGUCCUGCCCUGCUUCCUGCCCAAGCCUGUCUUUCCCCUUCCUGUGCACCCAGCAGUGCCAGGAGGGGUGCCAGUGUAAUGACGGGUUCCUCCUGAGUGGGGAUCGCUGUGUGCCACCCACGGGUUGUGGCUGCCACCACGGCGGGCGUUACAGACAGAGUGGAGAGCGCUACUGGUACGGUGAGGAGUGCCAGUUCCUGUGCCAGUGUAAUGGCAUUACUGGGCAGUCACAUUGCACCGCCUCUUCUUGUGGUGCUCAGGAGUCUUGUCGAGUCGUGGAUGGACAGUAUGGCUGCCAUCCCAAACCUGAGGCCACCUGCUCGGCCUCUGGAGACCCACACUACACCUCCUUCGACAGACGCACUUUUGACUUCCAGGGCACUUGUCGUUACGUCCUGGCAUCGGUUUGCAAUGGAACACAAGAUCUACCUCACUUUCAGGUAGAGGCCAGGAACGAGGCAUGGAAUGGUCUGCAAGUCUCCAUCACUGUGGCUGUUUACGUCAAUGUGUCUGGACAUCUCGUGUACAUCUCAAAAUACAACCAGGGGACUGUGCAGGUGAAUGGGGAGACAAGAAACUUGCCGAUUGUUCUUGAUCAGGGAAGAGUGUCAGUGUAUGCCAAUGGGCUCCACACAUUUGUGAAAACAGACUUUGGUCUAACUGUCAGUUAUGAUGGCCGGUGGGUGUUGGACAUCACAGUACCAUCCAACUACAGUGGAGCUACAUGCGGUUUGUGUGGUAACUUCAACGGCUUCCAGGGUGAUGACUUCACGGUCCAUAACGGCAGUUCAGGCUCUGUUGCCCUCCCUGCCUCUGAGUUUGGGGACUACUGGAAGGUUGAUGAUGGCAUUCCCUGUACUGGAGGAUGUGGCAACUCCUGCCCAGUGUGCCAAGAUGACUCGACAGCCCGUGCCAUGUGUGAGCUACUCAGAGCUAGCAAUGGACCACUGAGCUUCUGCCAUUCCCAUGUGGAUCCCCAGCAAUUCUUCAACGACUGUGUGUUUGACGUGUGCUUGUCUGGGGACAGAAGUGAAGUCCUCUGCCGUGCAAUGGAAGCAUAUGUCAGCGCAUGCCAAGCGGAAAAUGUCAUCGUUUACCCCUGGAGACAAAACUCCACCUGCCAAAUGGAGUGUCCAGAAAACAGCCACUACGAUCUGUGUGGUACAGAGUGUGGGCACACCUGUGCCAGCAGCAUUGAUGCCAGCUGUGACAGGACGUGUGCUGAGGGCUGUUUCUGCGAUGAUGGAUUUGUGAGGAGCGGGGGGCGCUGUGUGCCUGUGGAGCAGUGUGGCUGUCUUCGUGACGGCUUCUACUAUGAUAUCGGAGAACAGUUCUGGACACAAGGCUGCUCGCAGCGCUGUGAGUGUUUUGCCCCCAAUGACCUUCGCUGUAUACAGUCCUCUUGCCCUCCAAGUCAGGAAUGCUCAGUCAAAGAUGGCCGCCGGGGUUGCUAUGGUCAAAUGUCAACCUGCACGGUCUGGGGAGACCCUCACUACUUCACCUUUGAUGGGGCUGUGGCUCACUUUCAGGGCACCUGCGCUUAUGAGAUUACCCACACCUGUGGCAACAUGAGUGAUAAUGCCCUGGCCUUCCGUGUAGUAGCCGCUAACAGGCACCGUGGCAACUUAGUUGUGUCGUUUGUGUCCACUGUGGAUGUGUGGCUCUCUCAGGGAGGAGUUCAAAGCCACAUCAGCAUUGGACAGAACAGGAGAGUCAAGGUUGAUGGUCAAGAUAACAAUGCAAACAGCAUUCAGGUUGGCUCUCUGGCACAGCUGACUCGAGAGUCAGGAUUUGUGGUUGUGAAUGCCUCAGGAGAGCUGGUGGUCCAGUUUGAUGGUCGUAGUAGACUUCUAGUCAGACUGAGUCCAGAUUAUCACCAAUCUGUGUGUGGAAUGUGUGGCAAUCACAAUGGCAACCCAGCAGAUGACAAAGUUCUGCCCAAUGGCACUCUGGCCCAGACUGACAAUGAAUUCGGUCAAAGUUGGAAAUCAGAUGCAAGCAGUCCUGGAUGUGGAGCCAGUGAUCAAAUUGGAGACAACACAUGUGUAUUGGAAGCAGAAUACACAGAUCUGUGCAGCAUCAUCACCAACAGCAGUGGCCCAUUUCAGCAGUGCCACCUACAUGUUGACCCACAGGCCUACUUCACUUCCUGUGUGUACGAUCUCUGUGCCUACACACCAGCCAAUGACAUGCUGUGCUCAGCAGUGGAGGCCUAUGAGACAGCUUGCAAUGUGCUGGGGCUCCACACACCAGAAUGGCGUUCUGCACUGCAUUGCCCUGCAGUUGACCCUUGUGAAGAGCUGAACUGCACUGAGGAUGAGUGGUGUGGCCAGAAGGAUGGAGUCUACGGCUGCAAUGAGAAUCAUGAUUCACGGGACUGUCAAUACAAUGGCACAUCUGUGCAGAUAGGGGACUCUUUCUGGAGAGAUGGCACCUGUCAGCAGAGAUGCACCUGCGACAGUGGAGGCCUCCUCCAGUGCCAGGAGCAGCCCUGCAGCUUCUCCCAGGCGUGUCGUCCAGCAUCCUUCCAGUACUCCUGCCAGAAUAUUCAGCGCCGCACCUGCACCAUCUCUGGAGACCCCCACUACAACACCUUUGACAGGAAACUCUUUCACUUCCAGGGAACCUGCACAUACGUCCUCUCAGAGGCUUGUGGCAAUGGACUGCCGUACUACCGGAUUGAAGGGAAGAAUGAAAAUCGGGCAAGCACACGUGUGUCUUGGACUCAUCUUGUAAGAGUGUGGGUUUAUGAUGAGGAAAUUGAACUUGUCAAAGACCAUCCUUACCAAGCAAAGGUGAAUGGAAGCUUUGUGUCGACCCCAUUUACCCUCCGACAUGGGUCCAUCCGAGUCUACCAAUCAGGUUUCACUGUGGCUGUGAGUACAGACUUUGGCCUGCUGGUCACCUACGAUGCCAAUCACCAUGUCAGAAUCUCAGUACCCUAUGAGUACCAGAACGCAACCUGCGGCCUGUGUGGCAACUUCAACCACCACCCUCACGAUGACUUCAGAACCCGCGGUGGACAGCUUGUGAGCUCAGACGUGGAGUUUGCUAACAGCUGGAAGGUGGAAGGGGACACUGACCCUAGCUGCCAGGACGUGCGAUGUGCAGGACUUGCUUGUGCUGCCUGUACCGAUAGUCAAAGGACUCUUUAUGGAAACACGGCCCACUGUGGUAUCUUAAGCAACAGUGUCGGCCCGUUUGCCUCCUGCCACUCAAGGGUGUCUCCACAGAACUUUGUAGAAAACUGUGUGUAUGAUCUUUGUGUGGGUGAUGGCUACCAGCCCAUUCUCUGCCAAGCACUCAAUGUGUACGUUGCCCAGUGCCAACAAGAGGGCAUCCAGUUGGGCCAGUGGAGAAGCCCGGGAUUCUGUGAGAUCCCUUGUCCCACCAACAGUCACUUUGAGUCUCAAGGAACUGGGUGCCCUGCAACCUGCAGCAACCCCAACGCCCCCCAGAAUUGUCCUCUGCCCAACCUGGAGAGCUGCAUCUGCAAUGCUGGCUAUGUCCUAAGCGGUGGGGAAUGUGUUCGGCAGAAUGACUGUGGCUGCACCUUCGAGGGGCGGUACUACACAGCUGGGGAGACAGUGGUGCUAGACCAGGACUGUGGGAGGCGUUGCCACUGUACUCAAGGGUCAAUGACCUGCCAGGCACACAGCUGCAAUGAGCUUGAGGUGUGUGGGGUCCAUGGUGGUGUGCGGGGCUGCAGACCUGUCAGCUACUCCACCUGCUGGGUGGAGGGCUUUGGGUCCUACCGCACUUUUGAUGGACAGACCUUCAAAUACCCAGGUGCCUGUAGUCUGACACUGGCUAGAGUCAGGGGACAAUCACAAUUACCUCACUUUCAAGUAACUGUUGAGAAAGUUCCCUCAGGCCCAAGAGAUUUUGUCAGACAUCUGCAGUUUGAAGCAGGAGGAACACAAGUCUCGGUGGAGAUGGGAGAGGGGGGCACAACUAAGGUGGAUGGGCAAACAGUGGGCCUUCCGUUCAGCGUCAGCCCCGGUCAUAUUCGCAUCUACCACAGCAGUGUAAAGGGUGUUGUCAUAGAGACCAACUUCGGAGUGUUGGUGAGAGCUGACUGGCCACACGUCAUCCGCAUCACCGCUCCAGGCAACUACAACGGCACUCUAGGAGGCCUGUGUGGAAAUCUGAAUGGAGACCCUCAUGACGACUUCUUCUCCCCUGCUGGAAUUCCCCUCAACGACUCUCAGCAGUUUGGGGACAGCUGGAGAGAUGGCUCCCUGUCAACACACUGUGUAGAACCUCAGGUCUGGGAACCCGGACACUACCAGAACACCAGCCAGUUUAGGGACCUCUGCGGCAUCAUGGGAUGGGCACAUGGGCCUUUUGGCCAGUGCCAAGCAAGUCUUGACCCCUGGAGCCGAAUUGAAGACUGUGUCCAGACUCUAGUGAGGACGCAAGGUGCUCGAGAGGGACUGUGCGAGGCACUGCGUGGAUACGCACUGCUUUGCCAACAGAGUGGUAUCACAGUUGGGGAAUGGAGGAACAUCACUAACUGUGCGGCAACCUGCCCAACUAACAGCCAUUAUGAGCUAUGUGGUACGUCCUGCCCUGCUUCCUGCCCAAGCCUGUCUUUCCCCUUCCUGUGCACCCAGCAGUGCCAGGAGGGGUGCCAGUGUAAUGACGGGUUCCUCCUGAGUGGGGAUCGCUGUGUGCCACCCACGGGUUGUGGCUGCCACCACGGCGGGCGUUACAGACAGAGUGGAGAGCGCUACUGGUACGGUGAGGAGUGCCAGUUCCUGUGCCAGUGUAAUGGCAUUACUGGGCAGUCACAUUGCACCGCCUCUUCUUGUGGUGCUCAGGAGUCUUGUCGAGUCGUGGAUGGACAGUAUGGCUGCCAUCCCAAACCUGAGGCCACCUGCUCGGCCUCUGGAGACCCACACUACACCUCCUUCGACAGACGCACUUUUGACUUCCAGGGCACUUGUCGUUACGUCCUGGCAUCGGUUUGCAAUGGAACACAAGAUCUACCUCACUUUCAGGUAGAGGCCAGGAACGAGGCAUGGAAUGGUCUGCAAGUCUCCAUCACUGUGGCUGUUUACGUCAAUGUGUCUGGACAUCUCGUGUACAUCUCAAAAUACAACCAGGGGACUGUGCAGGUGAAUGGGGAGACAAGAAACUUGCCGAUUGUUCUUGAUCAGGGAAGAGUGUCAGUGUAUGCCAAUGGGCUCCACACAUUUGUGAAAACAGACUUUGGUCUAACUGUCAGUUAUGAUGGCCGGUGGGUGUUGGACAUCACAGUACCAUCCAACUACAGUGGAGCUACAUGCGGUUUGUGUGGUAACUUCAACGGCUUCCAGGGUGAUGACUUCACGGUCCAUAACGGCAGUUCAGGCUCUGUUGCCCUCCCUGCCUCUGAGUUUGGGGACUACUGGAAGGUUGAUGAUGGCAUUCCCUGUACUGGAGGAUGUGGCAACUCCUGCCCAGUGUGCCAAGAUGACUCGACAGCCCGUGCCAUGUGUGAGCUACUCAGAGCUAGCAAUGGACCACUGAGCUUCUGCCAUUCCCAUGUGGAUCCCCAGCAAUUCUUCAACGACUGUGUGUUUGACGUGUGCUUGUCUGGGGACAGAAGUGAAGUCCUCUGCCGUGCAAUGGAAGCAUAUGUCAGCGCAUGCCAAGCGGAAAAUGUCAUCGUUUACCCCUGGAGACAAAACUCCACCUGCCAAAUGGAGUGUCCAGAAAACAGCCACUACGAUCUGUGUGGUACAGAGUGUGGGCACACCUGUGCCAGCAGCAUUGAUGCCAGCUGUGACAGGACGUGUGCUGAGGGCUGUUUCUGCGAUGAUGGAUUUGUGAGGAGCGGGGGGCGCUGUGUGCCUGUGGAGCAGUGUGGCUGUCUUCGUGACGGCUUCUACUAUGAUAUCGGAGAACAGUUCUGGACACAAGGCUGCUCGCAGCGCUGUGAGUGUUUUGCCCCCAAUGACCUUCGCUGUAUCCAGUCCUCUUGCCCUCCAAGUCAGGAAUGCUCAGUCAAAGAUGGCCGCCGGGGUUGCUAUGGUCAAAUGUCAACCUGCACGGUCUGGGGAGACCCUCACUACUUCACCUUUGAUGGGGCUGUGGCUCACUUUCAGGGCACCUGCGCUUAUGAGAUUACCCACACCUGUGGCAACAUGAGUGAUAAUGCCCUGGCCUUCCGUGUAGUAGCCGCUAACAGGCACCGUGGCAACUUAGUUGUGUCGUUUGUGUCCACUGUGGAUGUGUGGCUCUCUCAGGGAGGAGUUCAAAGCCACAUCAGCAUUGGACAGAACAGGAGAGUCAAGGUUGAUGGUCAAGAUAACAAUGCAAACAGCAUUCAGGUUGGCUCUCUGGCACAGCUGACUCGAGAGUCAGGAUUUGUGGUUGUGAAUGCCUCAGGAGAGCUGGUGGUCCAGUUUGAUGGUCGUAGUAGACUUCUAGUCAGACUGAGUCCAGAUUAUCACCAAUCUGUGUGUGGAAUGUGUGGCAAUCACAAUGGCAACCCAGCAGAUGACAAAGUUCUGCCCAAUGGCACUCUGGCCCAGACUGACAAUGAAUUCGGUCAAAGUUGGAAAUCAGAUGCAAGCAGUCCUGGAUGUGGAGCCAGUGAUCAAAUUGGAGACAACACAUGUGUAUUGGAAGCAGAAUACACAGAUCUGUGCAGCAUCAUCACCAACAGCAGUGGCCCAUUUCAGCAGUGCCACCUACAUGUUGACCCACAGGCCUACUUCACUUCCUGUGUGUACGAUCUCUGUGCCUACACACCAGCCAAUGACAUGCUGUGCUCAGCAGUGGAGGCCUAUGAGACAGCUUGCAAUGUGCUGGGGCUCCACACACCAGAAUGGCGUUCUGCACUGCAUUGCCCUGCAGUUGACCCUUGUGAAGAGCUGAACUGCACUGAGGAUGAGUGGUGUGGCCAGAAGGAUGGAGUCUACGGCUGCAAUGAGAAUCAUGAUUCACGGGACUGUCAAUACAAUGGCACAUCUGUGCAGAUAGGGGACUCUUUCUGGAGAGAUGGCACCUGUCAGCAGAGAUGCACCUGCGUCAGUGGAGGCCUCCUCCAGUGCCAGCAGCAGCCCUGCAGCUUCUCCCAGGCGUGUCGUCCAGCAUCCUUCCAGUACUCCUGCCAGAAUAAUAUUCAGCGCCGCACCUGCACCAUCUCUGGAGACCCCCACUACAACACCUUUGACAGGAAACUCUUUCACUUCCAGGGAACCUGCACAUACGUCCUCUCAGAGGCUUGUGGCAAUGGACUGCCGUACUACCGGAUUGAAGGGAAGAAUGAAAAUCGGGCAAGCACACGUGUGUCUUGGACUCAUCUUGUAAGAGUGUGGGUUUAUGAUGAGGAAAUUGAACUUGUCAAAGACCAUCCUUACCAAGCAAAGGUGAAUGGAAGCUUCGUGUCGACCCCAUUUACCCUCCGACAUGGGUCCAUCCGAGUCUACCAAUCAGGUUUCACUGUGGCUGUGAGUACAGACUUUGGCCUGCUGGUCACCUACGAUGCCAAUCACCAUGUCAGAAUCUCAGUACCCUAUGAGUACCAGAACGCAACCUGCGGCCUGUGUGGCAACUUCAACCACCACCCUCACGAUGACUUCAGAACCCGCGGUGGACAGCUUGUGAGCUCAGACGUGGAGUUUGCUAACAGCUGGAAGGUGGAAGGGGACACUGACCCUAGCUGCCAGGACGUGCGAUGUGCAGGACUUGCUUGUGCUGCCUGUACCGAUAGUCAAAGGACUCUUUAUGGAAACACGGCCCACUGUGGUAUCUUAAGCAACAGUGUCGGCCCGUUUGCCUCCUGCCACUCAAGGGUGUCUCCACAGAACUUUGUAGAAAACUGUGUGUAUGAUCUUUGUGUGGGUGAUGGCUACCAGCCCAUUCUCUGCCAAGCACUCAAUGUGUACGUUGCCCAGUGCCAACAAGAGGGCAUCCAGUUGGGCCAGUGGAGAAGCCCGGGAUUCUGUGAGAUCCCUUGUCCCACCAACAGUCACUUUGAGUCUCAAGGAACUGGGUGCCCUGCAACCUGCAGCAACCCCAACGCCCCCCAGAAUUGUCCUCUGCCCAACCUGGAGAGCUGCAUCUGCAAUGCUGGCUAUGUCCUAAGCGGUGGGGAAUGUGUUCGGCAGAAUGACUGUGGCUGCACCUUCGAGGGGCGGUACUACACAGCUGGGGAGACAGUGGUGCUAGACCAGGACUGUGGGAGGCGUUGCCACUGUACUCAAGGGUCAAUGACCUGCCAGGCACACAGCUGCAAUGAGCUUGAGGUGUGUGGGGUCCAUGGUGGUGUGCGGGGCUGCAGACCUGUCAGCUACUCCACCUGCUGGGUGGAGGGCUUUGGGUCCUACCGCACUUUUGAUGGACAGACCUUCAAAUACCCAGGUGCCUGUAGUCUGACACUGGCUAGAGUCAGGGGACAAUCACAAUUACCUCACUUUCAAGUAACUGUUGAGAAAGUUCCCUCAGGCCCAAGAGAUUUUGUCAGACAUCUGCAGUUUGAAGCAGGAGGAACACAAGUCUCGGUGGAGAUGGGAGAGGGGGGCACAACUAAGGUGGAUGGGCAAACAGUGGGCCUUCCGUUCAGCGUCAGCCCCGGUCAUAUUCGCAUCUACCACAGCAGUGUAAAGGGUGUUGUCAUAGAGACCAACUUCGGAGUGUUGGUGAGAGCUGACUGGCCACACGUCAUCCGCAUCACCGCUCCAGGCAACUACAACGGCACUCUAGGAGGCCUGUGUGGAAAUCUGAAUGGAGACCCUCAUGACGACUUCUUCUCCCCUGCUGGAAUUCCCCUCAACGACUCUCAGCAGUUUGGGGACAGCUGGAGAGAUGGCUCCCUGUCAACACACUGUGUAGAACCUCUGGUCUGGGAACCCGGACACUACCAGAACACCAGCCAGUUUAGGGACCUCUGCGGCAUCAUGGGAUGGGCACAUGGGCCUUUUGGCCAGUGCCAAGCAAGUCUUGACCCCUGGAGCCGAAUUGAAGACUGUGUCCAGACUCUAGUGAGGACGCAAGGUGCUCGAGAGGGACUGUGCGAGGCACUGCGUGGAUACGCACUGCUUUGCCAACAGAGUGGUAUCACAGUUGGGGAAUGGAGGAACAUCACUAACUGUGCGGCAACCUGCCCAACUAACAGCCAUUAUGAGCUAUGUGGUACGUCCUGCCCUGCUUCCUGCCCAAGCCUGUCUUUCCCCUUCCUGUGCACCCAGCAGUGCCAGGAGGGGUGCCAGUGUAAUGACGGGUUCCUCCUGAGUGGGGAUCGCUGUGUGCCACCCACGGGUUGUGGCUGCCACCACGGCGGGCGUUACAGACAGAGUGGAGAGCGCUACUGGUACGGUGAGGAGUGCCAGUUCCUGUGCCAGUGUAAUGGCAUUACUGGGCAGUCACAUUGCACCGCCUCUUCUUGUGGUGCUCAGGAGUCUUGUCGAGUCGUGGAUGGACAGUAUGGCUGCCAUCCCAAACCUGAGGCCACCUGCUCGGCCUCUGGAGACCCACACUACACCUCCUUCGACAGACGCACUUUUGACUUCCAGGGCACUUGUCGUUACGUCCUGGCAUCAGUUUGCAAUGGAACACAAGAUCUACCUCACUUUCAGGUAGAGGCCAGGAACGAGGCAUGGAAUGGUCUGCAAGUCUCCAUCACUGUGGCUGUUUACGUCAAUGUGUCUGGACAUCUCGUGUACAUCUCAAAAUACAACCAGGGGACUGUGCAGGUGAAUGGGGAGACAAGAAACUUGCCGAUUGUUCUUGAUCAGGGAAGCGUGUCAGUGUAUGCCAAUGGGCUCCACACAUUUGUGAAAACAGACUUUGGUCUAACUGUCAGUUAUGAUGGCCGGUGGGUGUUGGACAUCACAGUACCAUCCAACUACAGUGGAGCUACAUGCGGUUUGUGUGGUAACUUCAACGGCUUCCAGGGUGAUGACUUCACGGUCCAUAACGGCAGUUCAGGCUCUGUUGCCCUCCCUGCCUCUGAGUUUGGGGACUACUGGAAGGUUGAUGAUGGCAUUCCCUGUACUGGAGGAUGUGGCAACUCCUGCCCAGUGUGCCAAGAUGACUCGACAGCCCGUGCCAUGUGUGAGCUACUCAGAGCUAGCAAUGGACCACUGAGCUUCUGCCAUUCCCAUGUGGAUCCCCAGCAAUUCUUCAACGACUGUGUGUUUGACGUGUGCUUGUCUGGGGACAGAAGUGAAGUCCUCUGCCGUGCAAUGGAAGCAUAUGUCAGCGCAUGCCAAGCGGAAAAUGUCAUCAUUUACCCCUGGAGACAAAACUCCACCUGCCAAAUGGAGUGUCCAGAAAACAGCCACUACGAUCUGUGUGGUACAGAGUGUGGGCACACCUGUGCCAGCAGCAUUGAUGCCAGCUGUGACAGGACGUGUGCUGAGGGCUGUUUCUGCGAUGAUGGAUUUGUGAGGAGCGGGGGGCGCUGUGUGCCUGUGGAGCAGUGUGGCUGUCUUCGUGACGGCUUCUACUAUGAUAUCGGAGAACAGUUCUGGACACAAGGCUGCUCGCAGCGCUGUGAGUGUUUUGCCCCCAAUGACCUUCGCUGUAUCCAGUCCUCUUGCCCUCCAAGUCAGGAAUGCUCAGUCAAAGAUGGCCGCCGGGGUUGCUAUGGUCAAAUGUCAACCUGCACGGUCUGGGGAGACCCUCACUACUUCACCUUUGAUGAGGCUGUGGCUCACUUUCAGGGCACCUGCGCUUAUGAGAUUACCCACACCUGUGGCAACAUGAGUGAUAAUGCCCUGGCCUUCCGUGUAGUAGCCGCUAACAGGCACCGUGGCAACUUAGUUGUGUCGUUUGUGUCCACUGUGGAUGUGUGGCUCUCUCAGGGAGGAGUUCAAAGCCACAUCAGCAUUGGACAGAACAGGAGAGUCAAGGUUGAUGGUCAAGAUAACAAUGCAAACAGCAUUCAGGUUGGCUCUCUGGCACAGCUGACUCGAGAGUCAGGAUUUGUGGUUGUGAAUGCCUCAGGAGAGCUGGUGGUCCAGUUUGAUGGUCGUAGUAGACUUCUAGUCAGACUGAGUCCAGAUUAUCACCAAUCUGUGUGUGGAAUGUGUGGCAAUCACAAUGGCAACCCAGCAGAUGACAAAGUUCUGCCCAAUGGCACUCUGGCCCAGACUGACAAUGAAUUCGGUCAAAGUUGGAAAUCAGAUGCAAGCAGUCCUGGAUGUGGAGCCAGUGAUCAAAUUGGAGACAACACAUGUGUAUUGGAAGCAGAAUACACAGAUCUGUGCAGCAUCAUCACCAACAGCAGUGGCCCAUUUCAGCAGUGCCACCUACAUGUUGACCCACAGGCCUACUUCACUUCCUGUGUGUACGAUCUCUGUGCCUACACACCAGCCAAUGACAUGCUGUGCUCAGCAGUGGAGGCCUAUGAGACAGCUUGCAAUGUGCUGGGGCUCCACACACCAGAAUGGCGUUCUGCACUGCAUUGCCCUGCAGUUGACCCUUGUGAAGAGCUGGACUGCACUGAGGAUGAGUGGUGUGGCCAGAAGGAUGGAGUCUACGGCUGCUUCUGCAAUGAGGAUCACCCGAGACCUCAUCCUGAGUGCUAUGACUCUGUGGAGUUCUGUUCCAACAGCACCGGCACCAUAUCUUUGUCUCGCUGCCAGCUGUUUGAGGCAGGCAUCUCUGCUGACUCCCUCCACCUCAAUGACCCCAGCUGCAAUGGCACACUCCAAGAUGGCAGAGUGGAGUUCCUCUUCAACAGUGACGACCACACUUGUGGAACUUCGCUAAGGAGUAACAGCACCCAUUUAAUCUAUGAGAACUCCAUCCAUGGAGAGGCCAACUCAGCCAGCGGUCCCAUCAGCAGAGAGAGACAGAUGAACCUGCUCUUCUGCUGUGUCUACCCCCUCACGCAGACCCUCUCCAUGAAUGUAGAAAUCAACUCACUGGAGAGCCGUAUCACUAAGAAGCUACCAGGAGGGGAAGGAAGCUACCGUGUCCAUCUGAUUCCCUAUGAAGAUGCAGGAUUCUCCCAUGCGUUCUCUGGGAGGGUGAGUGUGAAGUUGAAUCAGACGAUCUACGUGGCUGUCCAGGUGGAAGGAUUGGACAGCCGCCAGAUCGCCACGGUGAUUGACUCCUGCUGGGCCACUCCUGUCAAUCAGCCAAACUACCCCCUCCGAUGGGACCUCAUCAGAAAUGAGUGUGCUAAUCCCGAUGACAACACAGUGGAGCUGCUGCAAAACGGAGUCAGCACAUCAGGCCGAUUCUCCUUCAGGAUGUUCACCUUCACCGGCAACUCCACCAAGAUUUACCUCCACUGCAGCAUCCACCUGUGCUUGAUGGCAAACAACGACUGCACAGCUCACUGUAACCAAGACUACCAUCAGAGGCAUCACCGUUCUGUUGAUUUCCAUGACAGCGCCUCCAUCUCACUGGGGCCCCUGGUUUUGGCCAAUGAGAAUGAAGAGAGUAUUGACAUGUAUGCUCGGCAGCCUGUGAGGGUGUCUAAGGCCUCGGGUCUGACGGCAUCUCUGAUGGUCCUGCUCCUGUCUGUUCUCCCUCUCAGCGCUCUGCUCAUCUAACACACAACAGCACAGCUACCUAACAGCUACACAACUUAACACAACACACAACACAGCUACAUUACAGCUACACAACAGCUACACAAUGCAACACAGCAACACAACAGCUACAUAAUGCAACACAGCAACACAACAGCUACACAAUGCAACACGGCAACACAACAGCUACACAACGCAACACAACACACAGCACAGUUACCCAACCACCUGGCUCAGACACACACACACACACAUUCCAAAAUUAAAGGAUGAGAGAUUUACACAUCACUGAUUUACGUCAUGGCCCUUUGUGUGUAUGGAAAAUAUAUUGUUUCAUCCAACAGUGAUCUUCGGGGGACAAGUAUUCACAAUUGUAUUCAGUGUCUUUUUAAAGGACUGUUGUGACUCUCAGUGAGCAGUAACCACAGUAAUGGGAAUAGGUGAAGAACAGACAUGCUGGAAUGAUGGACAGAAAAGUCUGGUCAUCUAACUGAACUAUACAACUGAACUGUACACAUUGUGAUUUAAAAUUGCUAAGGGGUUUUCCAAGGAGUUAAUCUGUUAUCUUAGUCAUUAUAAGGGCCAUCAUUGUAUGCAAUAUCUGAAGUAUUUCAGGACAGUCUAGGCUGCCCACAACUGACAUGUAUGUGUACUAUUUAUAUGAUGUAAUAAAUCAUAUUAUA